AUGGAGCAGGAAGAGGAGAAAGAGAUGCGAGGAUGUCGAUGGUGGUGGUAUGAGAACAAGAGCGAUGGCAUCAAUCGCUCAGACAAUCCAUAUCACGACACCUUCCUCCCAACUCCCAACUCCGUCCGCCACCUGAGAUUGAUGACACACUUCUAUACACCAGCUUACGACCUUGCUAGGCCGUCGUUUGCUCCUGCCUGUGCCCUUGUGACCGUCCAUCGGAUGUCCAGGACAACUGGCAUCUCGUCCCGGAAACAUGGUUUUCGCGGUCGUUCGAAGCGCAGCGUCUUCUACGUUUCUUCGGGAAUCCGCUUCCAAAGGGCGGCGAAGGAGAUCUCCGAUAUCAAUAACGGAGAGCUCGAUUGUCUCAUCCACAACGCCGCACUCACAGAUAUCAACACCAUCGGCAAAGGCUAUGGCUCCUUCGCCACGUGGACGAACUGGACGAGGACUUCAUCAGAGCGGUGCGCAGCUUCGCUACUCACCCCCUCGCUCCAUGCACCCAGCCUCACGUCGCGCUCUCAGUUCAAGCGGAUCGUCGCCAUGAGCAGCGCCGUCGUCGAUCCCAAGUUCAUCCGGGCGGCACAAGCGAAGGACUCCGUGGCGUACGGCAUGACCAAGUCCGCGGAGCUCAUCGCGGCGACGAAGUGGGCGUUGCACCUGGAGGGCGAGGGCUUCGUCGUCAUCUUGCUGAGCCCCGGGCAGCGGGCUCGCGGACACUUCCGAUACAAGGGAGGCGGACUUUUUGCAGCACGCGAGGCCAUGCGAGGGUGGUUUGCGCAAACUGGGGAGAAGUUUGUCCGCAUGGGAUACAACGACUUCAACACUCAUACGGUGCAGGAGUCGGUGGCGGCGCAGCUGAAAGUGAUUGACGGCCUUCGUCCGGAGGAUAACGGGAAGUUCUUCGCCCACUCGGGUGAAGAGUAUCCGUUGUAG